AUGGGAUAUCAGGAUGGUGUAACUCCUGGAAUUUCUCCUCUUUAUGGCGAAUAUGAUUCACCUGCACCCAUCUUUACUACGGUAACACUUGACGGCCCAAGUGAGUAUAUCACAGGGCUUAAAGGUAAUUUGUAUGAUUAUCAUAAUUGUAGUGACAAGUGGAUCUCAUCGUUGACAAUUGAAACUAACAAGAAUAGUUAUGGACCUUCUGGAAAGCCUAAUGCCGGCGAGAAAGAAUUUAAGAAUCAAUUUGGUGGAUUUCAUGGCACUUUUGGUAAUCCUGGUUUUAUAAGUACUAGACUCACGUCUAUUGGAGUAUAUGUUAAGCCUACAUGA